CUCGAUUACUACUCAUUGAGUAUUUAUAUUUAGAGAAAUGCAUAUUGGAUUGAUCAUUUGUUUUCACAAGAGAUCCCUCAACCGAGUUGCCCCGCAGAUGAGAUGGGGUCAAAUUUUAGAUAUAUGAGGUCAUAGUUGCAGGAACAUUUUUGGAAUCAUCAUUAUGGAGUGGAAUGAGACUACAGACCCAGCACACUCUACACCACGGAACGCUUAGUUAUUUAUUAUACUUUCAUCCUUAUGCUUAUGCGUCUGCCGCCAACUCUAUGCUCCACUUAGCGCUGGCAUCAUUCCCUAUAUUUCUAGCAGCACCCUAUACGCUGUAAACGACCCUUUCGUGAUUAGUACGUAUCACUUCCCGCUCAUGCGCUUCUCGCCUCAACAUCUCCGUUUCCAUCUCCAAAGACGUCCUCUCCACAUUUCUCAUAUAUCCCGACAGCUCGCUUCUAACUCAACUCAACUCCGACUCUGUCUUCCCUGCUUUGCGCGUGGAGGUCCUCCAUCACUAGCUGGUCACAAAACCGUCCUAAUCGGCUGGAUGCCAACGAUUUCCUUCUUCUCUGCUUUCAGUUCAUCCACCCAGAACAAGAAGAAAAUGGAGUUCCCCGAUAAAAGAACGGAUAAAGAAUGGCAGGCGGUUUUGACCCAGGAACAGUUCCGCAUCCUCCGCAACAAAGGCACAGAGCCCCCCGGCAGCGGUAAAUACAACAAACAUUCCCCUUCGUCAGGCGUCUACAGAUGCGCUGGCUGCAACGCUCCGCUCUACAAGGCCUCCCACAAGUUCGCGUCCGGCUGCGGCUGGCCAGCGUACUUUGACUCGAUCCCGGGCGCCGUGGUGCGUACGGAAGAUAAGUCUUUUGGCAUGGAUCGGACAGAAAUUAUGUGCUCCAACUGUGGAGGUCACUUGGGACAUGUUUUCAAGGGAGAGGGAUAUCCGACGCCAACGGAUGAGAGGCAUUGUGUCAACAGCAUCAGUUUGAGGUUUACGGAGGAUGAGGGGGACGUGAGAGAGGGUAAAAAGAAAGAGAGAGGGAAGUAGAUGAUUUUGUUGAUAAUUCUCGUUGAAUUAGAGCUAAGUUACGGACAUAGUUGACAUUUUUGAUAUUUUUUGAUAUUUUUUGGAUAGGGAAAAUAUUUUUGGGGAUUUAUGAGUGUUGAAUAUGAGUACUUGGAACAGCAGGCUAUUCAUUUUUUUAUUUUUUUCCCCAAUACUUCUCUACUUAAUUAUGUAUGUAUUUAGUGUUCAAUAAGUCAGUGCACUGUUACCCUCUUCUUUUGAUAUCUCAAUCAUUCAAGCUUCACUCUAUAA